AUGCAUCUUUUAACUUCAAGUAGUAUGGUCAUAAAAAAUAACUCCAAAUAUUUACAUGAAAGUGAAAGCGAAAUAACUAAAAAGAGGAGCUGCAAUAUUCCUAUUCUUUUCAAACUUUUGUUUGUCUUAUUUCUUACACUUUUAUGUUUUCUUAUAGAAUGCUUAUUUAAGCAGGAAAAUCUAUCAAUUUCUUCAGUGGAAUUCAAUAAAGAUCAUUUAAGGAUACUAACAGAAGAAGAGAGAGAAUAUAAGAAUAAACUUCUAUAUGUUGAUAAAUUACAUGAUAAAUACAUUAAACGUUUUAAAGAUAUUAAACAUUUAAUAACAGGACAAGCAUUUUCCCGCUGGGAACAUAUGUGUUAUCUAAAUAGAAUAAGAUAUUCCCUAAAUGGAAGAAUAUGGGAACAAAAAAAGUUCAAUUACUGGUAUAAUAAAUUUCACAAUGAAAUACAAAAUAUAUAUGAUAAAGCUAUUGAAAAAUACGAGGAACAUAAAAAAAGUUAUCUUUCUGAUAGAGAAUAUUCCAUUUUAUUUAAUAUAAAAGUAAAAGAGUUAGAAAAUUUUGAAUCCAGUAGUUAUCGGUGGUUUACAAAAUAUUUAAAAGAGUGUGAAAAGGAGUGGAUACAUUUAAAGUACCCCCGGAAGUUAUCAAAAUGCUCUCCUUCUAUACAUGAAAAUAAAGAAGAGAAGUGUGAUCGAUUAAUAAAGAAUAUAAAAAAUCUUAUUAAAUAUUUAAUAAGGAAAAUAUAA